AUGGAAGCUAUCACUAUGCUGGAGCAGCUGGAACCUCCAGCCCCUGCAAGAAGUACAGAGAGAGAAGUCUUCAUUGCAGUGCCGGUGGCCUUCGCAAAGGUAAAUGCCGAGAUCGGAUAUGAGGAUAAUAUCACUGUUUACAUCUACACGGAUUUCGGCACACUCGCUAAUAAGCUGCUGAACCACGUGAUCACCAAGAGCAUUAUCGUCAUUUGGCCGCAGACGAUGCCCGAGAGCCGGCCCAUGAGGCAACUUCUCAUCAGCCUGGAAAGACAUCUAGCCGACGGAGGGGCGCUCGCAUUUUUCCCGUUUCCAUACGAGGAUUCUAAUGCACCCGAAUGGAGGAGAAUGGGCGAAGUGUGUAGAGAAUUCACGCGCUACAUCACGGACCCCCGAAGAAACUUUGAAGCUUUGGUACGAGAUCAUUAUUCGGAUGUAUUAGACGCUGCCCCCUACACCCAUCCCGCGGUCUGCUUGGGUACCACACCCCGACGCAACUCCACUUCGACCUUAACGGACAAGCAGAUGUUGCUGUUCCUUGAAAAGAUGCGCAUCACCAUUGCCGACCUCAUUCGUCUCCCUGAGUUCAACUUCGCAUCAGCUCAGCUGAGAGAACAGCGGGCUCGCGAGAAAGCGCGCGCUAGGAAGCGUCGUAGGGAAGAGAGGAUGCCCAAUUUCUGGGUCAUCGAAGACCCGCAGAGGAAGCCCCCCCACGCCGCCGUGAAGGAUCCGGCAGCCAUCGUCGUAGUCCGCCACGCCACCUCGAGAGAUUUCCCCGCCGUGGAGACGACUAUCCCACCAGGAGUCACAGAGCGAGCCCAGAACAGGGACCAUCAUACCGCCGCCAAGUCGAGGCAGAGUCUAGCCGUCACGCGGUGA